AUGCUAGUGCUGCCUCCUGAAAUCAAAUUUGAACCUUCUAAUGUCACCAGAAAUUCCCUUGACAGUUGUUUUCUUUUUGAGAGAAGUUGGAGGAAAGCAGUUUUAGAAACACAAAAGAUGAGGAAAGAAUACACCACAGCAUUUGGUCUAGAAGAAUUCAAAGAAUGUGUCAAAAUGCCAUAUUUACCAGGAUUGCAAAAUUGCCAAAAAAGUGUAAGUUCCACUCCACUAGAGGUUCAUAAAAGACUCCUGCAUGCUGAUACCGAGAUGCCUCCUGUCAGGUUAAAGAAGACUAAGCCAGCAUGUACUGUGGCACCACUUCAGGAGAAAUCAAAAGGACUCUUAAGGCAUUCUAAUUCUCCUUCCAUCAAUUUUGUUUCUGGCUUCAGCGAUCCUCUCGCUGGAGCACCAUCUCAGUACUUACAGAGACUUUCUAAAAUGGCCAUUUUGGAGUAUGAUACCAUUCGUCAAGAAACAACCAGAAAAUUAAAAAAGAGCAAGAAACAAGAGCUUUGAGACUGCUGAUUAUCCUUUGGUGUGAUGCUUUCUUCACUGACUUUUAAGGUAGCUCCAGGGAGUAAUAAGAGAACUGAGAAGAGUACGGUGUCUCCAGGAUUUCUUUGGGUCUGCCUUUCCUUCUGUGCAAAGUCUCUGUACAUUUUAUAUUCCAAGUUCUUCCCAAGAUAAUUCGAAGACUGGUGCAGAGGGAGAAGACCCUGAGCUUUCAAUCACAUCACUUGCAGACAACCCUCCACCU